AUGAGCACAAACAGCUCGAGGAGCCGGAAAAGACGUGCGGGGACUCCUCCAGAUAGCAGCAAUAAUAAGACUACAAAGACAACAAGCACUACCGUCUAUAAUCGGAACUUUGAGCAGAAGUUGAUUGAUCACGGUGUUUACCCACCUGGAUAUAAAUACCCUGAUGGCCGGAAACCGGCAAAGCCGAGUAACUGGCAGGAGCUCAAUGACCGGCUGGCGCAGCCCCGAGCUUCACUCUCGCCGUCAAAGUUUUCGGAGGAACAAUUUGAAGAAUUUGUAGAGGCAGAUGUGAAUGCGUCCAAGGAGAAAUCUAUUGUACGCUUGGCUAUCCCGAUUAUCGAAGGCCGCGUUGAUGAUACUAGGUGCAUGGGGGGCGACUACCCAUUUGGCAACCUUGCUACUCUAACAGACGGAACACUUGCAAACGCAAAACCAGAUCACUUCUUUGGCGCCCGGCCUGAGCAGCUCAACCAUAAAAUCCGCGAUGAGCUUAGCGAGUUCGUUAUCCCGUCGACCCAGAGCUCCCUUCCGAUAGCUCCAAACUUCUUUCUUGAAACUAAGGGCCCCGAUGGAUCCCUUGCUGUUGCUACUCGGCAAGCCUGUUACCAUGGCGCGCUAGGUGCCCGAGGAAUGCACAAGCUUCAGUCGUAUAAGCAAGAUGAACUAUCUAGGGACAAUAAUGCCUAUACAAUAACGUCAAUCUACCAUGGAGGUCAACUCAAGCUCUACACAACACACCCCACUGCUCCCCGAGAAAGCGAUGGGCGUCCUGAAUACAUUAUGACUUCACUAAGAUCAUUUGCCAUGGCGGAUAGCCUGGAUACUUUUCGGGGUGGUGCAACUGCAUAUCGAAAUGCACGGGAUUGGGCGAAAGAACAGAGGGAUGAGUUUAUUAAAUCUGCAAACGAGAGACACACGCAAGCUCCCUCUGAACCUCUCUCAUCUGAACGUGAACCAACUUCUGAACCCACUGUCGUCUUGGAGGACUCUGAUACACUAGCUACAUCUGAUGAGGCUGGACUUCACGAUGCUGGACUUCACGAUGCUGAGUGGAGCUUUGCACAUCCCAAUGACAAUGUUGAGGAUGCUUCGAGACAUACAAGAGCCGAGCCAACCAAUAACUAG